CUAUGGACCAGCACGGCCGCUGCGCACUCUGACCGAUCGUCUUCACUCUCGUUUUGCUUGGACAACUCUCCAAACACACAGGUUAUGCCACCCCACAGGCCGACUGGAAAUCCAGCCGUGAAAGAGAAGGGCUGAUCCCGGACCCCCCCGUGUUCCCGCAGCUGUGCCCCUCCCUGUCCCCAUGGCGACAGGAGGCCAUGCCCCCGAGACAGAUGUGUUGAUCAACCUGCAUCAGGUUUUGUCGGAAGAAGAGAAGGGCUCCACAGCAGGAGAAGAAGAUGAGGAAUGGGAGAAGGCCUUGUCUGUGGAGAGGUUUGGGGACAUCAUCACUGAGUCUGCCAUCAAUGGAGCAGACAAAAUGGGCCGCAGCUACAAUGAGAAAGACUUUGAGUAUCACCGGCAUACGUUUCACCACACCCACCACCCCCUGUCCACCCAUCUCCCCCCGCAGCGUUUCCGCAAGAGGGUGCUCAGUAUGGACUGCCGGCGAAAGAAAAAGAGGAAGAAAAAGAAGACGUCCAUGCCCCCGUCAGAUGUCACGCCCACUAUUCAUGAGGUGGAUGAGGAGGAGGCGGAGUCUGAGACUGAGGGACAGUGCCAAGCAGCCACGCCUACUGAACCAUCUGAAGAGCUGCCACAGCUCAGUUUGGGAAGUGAGGAGGAUCUGGCGGCCGAUCUCCCUCUCACCAGCUUCCAUAUGGAGAGUGAGAGACCCCCGAGCAGUGAGGAGACCCCACCCAGCCCCGCCGGAAUGGAGGAGCUGGAGGAAACACAAGAACGACCGGAUGGAGGAGAGGAGGAGGAGGUUUCCAACAG